CGGCGAGGUGGGUUGCGACUGCAGCCACACGGGCUUUGGCGGCAAGUUCUGCAGCGAAGAGGAGCACCCCAUGGAAGGUCCGGCUCACCUGACGUUAAACAGCGAAGGGUCCUUACUGUUCUCCGAGGGGGGGGCCGGGAGAGGAGGAGCCGGCGAUGUGCACCAGCCAACAAAAGGCAAGGAGGAGUUCGUGGCGACCUUCAAAGGAAAUGAGUUCUUCUGCUACGACCUAUCACACAACCCGAUCCAGAGCAGCACAGACGAGAUCACGCUGGCCUUCCGCACCCUGCAGCGCAACGGGCUGAUGCUGCACACGGGCAAGUCAGCUGACUAUGUCAACCUGUCCCUCAAGUCUGGGGCCGUCUGGCUGGUUAUCAACCUAGGCUCGGGAGCCUUCGAGGCCCUUGUGGAACCCGUCAAUGGCAAGUUCAACGACAAUGCCUGGCAUGACGUCCGGGUCACCCGAAACCUGCGCCAGCACGCAGGGAUUGGACACGCUAUGGUAAACAAACUGCAUUAUCUGGUGACCAUCUCGGUGGACGGGAUCCUGACCACCACAGGCUACACGCAGGAGGAUUACACCAUGCUGGGCUCUGAUGACUUCUUCUACAUUGGGGGCAGCCCCAACACAGCGGACCUGCCGGGCUCGCCUGUCAGCAACAACUUCAUGGGCUGCCUCAAGGAUGUGGUCUACAAGAACAAUGACUUCAAGUUGGAACUCUCCCGUCUGGCCAAGGAAGGGGACCCCAAAAUGAAGCUGCAGGGGGAUUUGUCAUUCCGCUGUGAGGAUGUGGCUGCCUUGGAUCCAGUGACCUUUGAGAGUCCUGAGGCCUUUGUGGCACUGCCCCGCUGGAGUGCCAAGCGCACUGGCUCCAUCUCCUUGGACUUCCGCACCACGGAGCCCAAUGGGCUGCUGCUCUUCAGCCAGGGCCGGCGAGCUGGGGCCGCUCCAGGCAGCCAUGGCUCUACCCAGCGGGCUGACUACUUCGCCAUGGAGCUGUUGGAUGGCUACCUCUACCUUCUGCUGGACAUGGGCUCUGGGGGCAUCAAGCUGCGGGCUUCCAGCCGCAAAGUCAAUGACGGCGAGUGGUGCCAUGUGGAUUUCCAGAGGGAUGGGCGCAAAGGCUCCAUCUCAGUGAACAGCAGAAGCACACCAUUCUUGGCCACCGGGGAGAGUGAGAUCUUGGACCUGGAGAGUGAGCUGUACCUGGGCGGCCUCCCUGAGGGGGGCCGGGUGGACCUGCCUUUACCCCCGGAGGUGUGGACGGCGGCGCUUCGGGCUGGCUACGUGGGCUGUGUGCGAGACCUCUUCAUAGAUGGACGGAGCCGAGACCUUCGAGGUCUGGCCGAGGCACAGGGGGCUGUGGGUGUUGCUCCCUUCUGCUCCCGGGAGACACUGAAGCAGUGUGCAUCCGCCCCUUGUCACAAUGGAGGCAUCUGUCGAGAGGGCUGGAACCGCUUUGUGUGUGACUGCAUUGGGACUGGCUUUCUGGGGCGAGUUUGUGAGAGAGAGGCCACGGUCCUGAGCUAUGAUGGCUCCAUGUACAUGAAGAUCAUGCUGCCUAACGCCAUGCACACGGAGGCAGAGGAUGUGUCCCUCCGCUUCAUGUCCCAGCGGGCCUAUGGACUCAUGAUGGCCACCACCUCCCGGGAGUCUGCCGACACUCUGCGCCUCGAGCUGGACGGGGGGCAGAUGAAGCUCACUGUCAACCUCGACUGCCUGCGCGUCGGCUGCGCACCCAGUGCUGCAGGUAAAGGCCCCGAGACGCUGUUUGCGGGCCACAAGCUCAAUGACAAUGAGUGGCACACAGUGAGAGUGGUACGGCGUGGCAAGAGCCUGCAGCUCUCUGUGGACAAUGUGACCGUGGAGGGACAGAUGGCAGGAGCCCACACGCGGCUGGAGUUCCACAACAUUGAGACCGGCAUCAUGACAGAGCGGCGGUUCAUCUCCGUGGUGCCCUCCAACUUCAUUGGGCAUCUGAGUGGGCUGGUAUUCAAUGGCCAGCCCUACAUGGACCAGUGCAAAGAUGGUGACAUCACCUACUGUGAGCUCAACGCUCGCUUUGGCCUGCGUGCUAUUGUGGCCGAUCCUGUCACCUUCAAGAGUCGGAGUAGCUAUCUGGCACUCGCCACGCUCCAAGCCUACGCCUCCAUGCACUUAUUCUUCCAGUUCAAGACCACGGCCCCUGACGGGCUUCUCCUGUUCAACUCGGGCAACGGCAAUGACUUCAUCGUCAUAGAGCUGGUCAAGGGGUACAUCCACUACGUGUUUGACCUGGGGAAUGGCCCGUCCUUGAUGAAGGGGAACUCAGACAAACCAGUCAAUGACAACCAGUGGCACAACGUGGUGGUGUCCAGGGACCCAGGCAACGUGCACACGCUCAAGAUUGACUCCCGCACUGUCACGCAGCACUCCAAUGGCGCCCGAAACCUCGAUCUCAAAGGGGAGUUGUACAUUGGCGGCCUGAGCAAGAAUAUGUUCAGCAACCUGCCCAAGCUGGUGGCCUCCCGGGACGGCUUUCAGGGCUGCCUGGCCUCUGUGGACCUCAAUGGGCGCCUCCCAGACCUCAUCGCAGACGCUCUGCAUCGCAUCGGGCAGGUGGAGAGGGGCUGUGAUGGCCCCAGCACCACCUGCACCGAAGAGUCCUGUGCCAACCAGGGCGUCUGCCUGCAGCAGUGGGAUGGUUUCACCUGUGACUGCACCAUGACAUCCUAUGGAGGCCCUGUCUGCAAUGACCCUGGGACUACGUACAUCUUUGGGAAGGGGGGAGCACUCAUCACCUACACGUGGCCCCCCAAUGACCGGCCCAGCACGAGGAUGGACCGCCUGGCCGUGGGCUUCAGCACCCACCAGCGGAGUGCUGUGCUGGUGAGGGUGGACAGCGCCUCAGGCCUCGGAGACUACUUGCAGCUGCACAUUGACCAGGGCACCGUGGGGGUGAUUUUUAAUGUGGGCACGGACGACAUUACUAUUGAUGAGCCCAACGCCAUUGUGAGCGACGGCAAAUACCAUGUGGUGCGCUUCACUCGGAGCGGUGGCAACGCCACUCUGCAGGUGGACAGCUGGCCAGUCAACGAGCGGUACCCCGCAGGAAACUUUGAUAACGAGCGCCUGGCGAUUGCUAGACAGAGAAUCCCCUACCGGCUUGGUCGAGUAGUAGAUGAGUGGCUGCUCGACAAAGGACGCCAGCUGACCAUCUUCAACAGCCAAGCUGCCAUCAAGAUCGGAGGCCGGGAUCAGGGCCGCCCCUUCCAGGGCCAGGUGUCGGGCCUUUACUACAAUGGGCUCAAGGUGCUGGCGCUGGCCGCCGAGAGCGACCCCAAUGUGCGGACUGAGGGCCACCUGCGCCUGGUGGGGGAGGGGCCGUCCGUGCUGCUCAGUGCAGAGACCACGGCCACCACCCUGCUGGCCGACAUGGCCACCACCAUCAUGGAGACCACCACCACCAUGGCCACCACCACCACACGCCGGGGCCGCUCCCCCACGCUGAGGGACAGCACCACUCAGAACACAGAUGACCUCCUGGUGGCCUCGGCUGAGUGUCCGAGUGAUGAUGAGGACCUGGAGGAGUGUGAGCCCAGUACUGCCAACCCCACGGGCCCAGGGGAGCGGGGCCCGCCGGGCGCGGUGGAGGUGAUCCGGGAGUCCAGCAGCACCACGGGCAUGGUGGUGGGCAUUGUCGCGGCGGCGGCCCUCUGCAUCCUCAUCCUGCUCUACGCCAUGUACAAGUACCGCAACCGCGACGAGGGCUCUUACCAGGUGGACCAGAGCCGGAACUACAUCAGUAACUCGGCCCAGAGCAACGGGGCGGUGGUGAAAGAGAAGGCCCUGGCCGCCCCCAAGACACCCAGCAAGACCAAGAAGAACAAAGACAAGGAGUACUACGUCUGAGCCCCCAGAGCCCCCCGCCGGCACCGCGCCCACUGCCAGCUGUCCCUCCCAGGACAGCCCGGGGAGGAGGGGCGGCCCUCUCCCUGCCGGGGCCUGGGGACCCUCUCCCUGGCCUCCUCAGGCUUCUCUCAGAAGAGGAAACGCAAAAAAAGAAAAAGGAAAAGGAAUAACCCCGAGCUGUCCCCUUCCUCCUGCUGCCCGCGGCACCGCACUGUCAACCCUGAGGCUGUCUGUCCCUCUGGGCGACACGCCCACCAGGCAGGGCACUGCUCACAGCCCUGGGUUGAUUUAUUUUUUUAAGAGGGGUAGUUUUAUUUUGGUGGGGUUGGGCGGGAAGGAAGGCUGGGGGUUUUGUAAAGUGUCCACUAUGUGUCUUGUUUAUUUCCCUCAAUUUUUUCUUCCUCCUUCCCUCCCUCUUGCCUUCCUUCUCUUCCCGAACUCUCCAGUCUCUCCAGGCUUGCUGUGUCUUUCUGUCCCUGCGCCCCCUUUUCUUUUCUUUGUUUUUCUUUCCUUUUUUUUUUUUUGGUGUGUACAUCUGAUUUCUCCCUUUCCCCCUUUUGGGUUUCCAGAGUUGGUGGGAGAAGGGCGGGAGGGUGGGCCUGAGGCAGCCCAGUGGGUGGAUGGGGAGGGGCAGGGCCCCACAUGCCCCUGCUCCCCUCACCAGGUGAGGUGCCCCCUGGGGCCACCCAGGGAAGGGGUUCAGGCCCUGCUAAGGCCUGUUCUGAGUGCCUCCGCGGGCGACGUGCAUUGCUGGGGAAGCUGCUGGAGGAGCAGGGUGGGGGGUGGGGGAGGGGAAAGGCAAAUGCGAUAUAUAUUGAAGACAAAUAAUCUAGAUACCACAGCAGCAGCCUGUGGCACCCGCUGGGCACAGGUGCAGGGAAAGGAGGGAGCAAGGUGGCAUCUGCAAACUGCUGGGGCCACCUCUUGGCCUAUGGGCUCCCUGCUCCCCAGUUUUUUUUCUCUCUUUGUUAACAAAUGUGUCUGAGUCUUGGAAAACACCCCAACCCCAGAAAUGUGUGGGAAAAAGAAAACAAAAACUUUCCAAAUUCCAA